AUGGACGACGAUGCUUCGCAGCCAUCGACGUCCAACGCUUCUGGCUCUAAGGAUAGCUGCGGCAAAAGCAAGUUUGAUCGACUGGUGAAGAAAGUGGGCCAGAAGCUGAUGCCACGACUGAACGACAACAUCUUCGUGCCGUCCGCCAUUUCAUCAUCAGGCUCUUCUCGUAUGUCGCAUUCACCUUCAACAGAUGACUCGCAACGCUCACUGUAUGGUGAAGUGGACCACAGAAAACUCAGUGCGCCAGCUAAUAUUGCAGCACCACUACCUAGCCUUUUUAUCAACACUUUUGGCAAUGAGGUCGCUGGCUCAGGUUACGGAUGGCUGACCGCUCCAGACACUCCUGAUCCCUACCAUGCGGUUGACUCCGUUAUAAGAGCUCAACAAAUUGGACUUGAUAUGGUAAAGGAGCGAAUACAGUAUACGAAACAGCAAAUCGACAUUUGUCGUCGAGAUCAGCAAAUGAUAGCAGACUUUGUAGCAGAUGCUUUUGUUGAGGAGUUGAAUGCGAAUCGUAAUAAGUCGAAUUUCUAUGAUCUUGUAGAAGAUGUCGAACGUCUUCAGAAAGAAGUGGAUGAGCUUCGGAAGUUGUCACCAAGAUCAGUGCCACCUCCAAGACCUGCUCCUCCACAUCAGAAUCUGAAAUGGCAUUGUAUACGAUGUCUCGAAGCAAACAGCACGUCAUCAUAUCGAUGUCAAUGUUCAUUUCCUCGUAUGGCAAUUGAUCCACGAGAAGCUGCCAGAUGCAACUGUAUACAUUGCAGCCAAGUAGCAGCUAAUCGAGUUAUCGCUUCUCCUACUCCUGGAGAUGGCGAUUGGCUAUUGGUCAACAGAUUACACAUGAAUGGAUCUGCAGCUUCCUAA